AUGUCUCUUCCUAUAAAAAGAGUCCCAUUUCUCUCAUCUAUUAGUGUAGAUGAAAUCAUACAAAUGCAUUUAAAAAAUGGCAUUAAGAAUGUUAAUGAAACAAUGAAUGCAUUCAUGAUUUAUCGUAACGAAUUUAAUCACAUUCACCAAAACUUUAACCUUUCAUGUAAAAAUGUGUCAAAAUUAACAAGUAAAUCUUGGAAAAAUGAGUCAGAAUAUGUUAAAGACUAUUACAAACAGAUAUCUAAAGAGGUUAAGAAAUGCUUUAAAGAAAUCGUCCCUACUACUUGUUUCAUUAACAAAUUUGGAACAAGCAACCAAGUUGGUACAAAUAAUGUUUCUCUAGAAACCAAUCCUCCUAUGGACAAAAACUCACCAGACUCUAUUUAUUCUAGUCACCAAUUUGUUAAUAUGGGUCCUAUGAACCAGAUCUCUCCAGAAAUUACCUGUCAUAAUUCUCUACUUAUGAAUACAGAACAAAACUCUUUAGGCACUACCUGCUAUAAUUCUCCACCUUCAAACCCACAAGACGUUAUUUAUUCUAGUUACCCAGGCACUACUUAUGUUAAUUCUCCACCUUCAAACUCUCUCAACGCUAUUUAUUCUAGUCAUAAAUUUGGAAACAUGGGUCAAAAUUCUUCAGAUGUUACCUCUGUGGAUCAAUACCCUCCAGAAAUUACUUUAACUGAUCCUUCGAAUAUAGACAAAAUCUCUCCAGGCAUUUGCUGUUAUAAUUUACCAUUUUUAAAUGUUCUUGACAUCUCCCACGUUAAUUCUCAACCUUCAAACUCACUUAGCACUAUCUACUUUAGUCAAAAUUCUCCAGAUGCCACCAACUCUAAUCCUCCCAUGGUCCAAUACCCUCCAGAAAUUACUUUCCCUGAUCCAAAUAUGGAACAAAUGUUUCCAGGAAUUAACUGUUAUAAUUCUCAACUUAUGAAUGCGGAUCAAAACUCUACAGAUGCUACCUACUAUAAUUCUGCAAGAAUUGACUGUUAUAAUUCUCUACUUAUUAAUGUGGAGAAAAACUUCCCGGACACCACUUGCUAUAAUCCUACAUUUUUGAGCAUAGAUAACAACUCUCUAGAUGCCACCUAUUUUAAUUCUCCAUCCUCAUAUACGUACCAAGACACUACUUACUUUGAUGACCACUUCUAA